AUGGAGCCCGAGUCAUUGAACCGUAGUAGCAAUAUGGUUGAGGAAAUAAGGAAUGAGAUUCAUAAGGAGCGUAUCAGGAAAGAGAUCGUUGCAGAAGAGGUUGCUCAAAAGCAGAUGUUGGAGUUGGAAGUAAGGAGAGAAAUUAUGAUGGAAAGAGAAAUAACAAUGUUUGGAGGAGAUAGAUUUGCUUCAUUCUUCAAGAAUCAGGCUAAUUCCAUGUCGUUUAAGGAAAAGUUGGGAAUGGGCGUCUCUACUGUGUCUAGACAUGACAUGGAUCACAUAUCAGAGAUUCAUUUUCGCCACCGUGCUGUGGAACCAAAUAUUUCAACAUUGAAUCAAAGUCCAAAGGCAGAAAUUUUAGAAGUGCUACCACCUAGCCUUAGCAAAAUUUUGUUGGAAGUCAAACCCACUUCUUGUUACAAACUCUCCGAGAAGCCAAAUUCACUUCUUUUCCGCUUCUUUGCUCCAUCUUUGCUCUUGCUUAAAAAAACUCGUUUUAUGAUUGCGAAAGCUAAUGCUAAGCCUGACACAAUUUUCUCUGGAGAAAAACUGAAAGCUAUAACUCUAACUGAAGAGGUUGCUGACAAGCAUGUGAAAAAUGUUACGGAGUGGAAUUGUGAACUCUGUCAGGUAAGUACUACAAAUCAAGAUUGCCUGAAUGCCCACUUCCAUGUGAAAAAACACAAACGCAAGGAGGAGAACAAAAAUUGGAGGAUUGGUCUUUUUCCAAAGAAAUCAAAAUUCAUCCAGCUUGUGGAGCGUCCUUGUGAUGAUAUGAUAUCAAGUCCAAACGUUAAUGAUCCACCAUCCUUGUUGAUAGAUAACAAUGCAGAUGACUUGAGAAACAACACAGCUAAUGAAAAGGAAAACAAUAGGGAUUUCACAUUUUGGUGUGAGACAUGCAAAAUAGGGACCUUCUCUGAAAAGACGAUGGAGGCACAUAGGUUAGGAAAGAAGCAUGUUCGGCAUCUUCAACAACUUACUGGAAAAGACAAGUAG